AUUAAAACCUACGACCGCCCAAAUUCAUUCUCCAGUGCGCCUCUCUCUCUCCGAACGAAGAGGACAUCCAAUCCAGUGCGCCUCUCUCUCUGCGAACGAAGAGGACAUCCAAUCCAGCGCGCCUCUCUCCCUGCGAACGAAGACGACAUCCAAUCGCCUACAGUCGAAGAAGAUGAUAGCCGGUUCCCGUUGCUUAGUUUUUCUCGGCCGAUAGCAGUUUUCUUGGACCUGCGGCGAUUCCGGUUUUGGAAGAAGUCUCCCCCAACAGCAGUUACAUAUUUGUAAAGGAAAUGGAUUCCCAGGAAGACGAAAAUGCUACAGCUCCGCAAAGUAGUAAAAAGAGAUGUAUCACUAUAAUGAAGAAGUGUUUACUAAGACGUGCCUCUAAUCCUGAUAAGAUAUUUGUCAAGUUUAUUGGGUCUACGCCAAUUGAGCCAAAUAGAUCCAAGCUAAUCAGUUUUGUUGGAUCACUGGGACGAUGCAAUGUAGAUAUCACAAUUUCUGAUUGGAGGCGAGUUUCAAAACCCACGAAGGAUCUUAUGUGGGAAGAUAUUGUGUCUAUUUUUGAGAUCCCAAAAACGAAGGAUGUUAGACAGCAGAUGAUGAGUAUAGCCAAUAAGUCGUGGAAAGACUUCAAGUCGAUGUUAACUACUGACUUUGUGUAUGGGAAAAAACAAGAUGAAGACCCUCUAAAGAUAUAUAAUUGGAUAACUGAAGAGCAAUGGGCUAAGUUUGUGGAAAUUCGCCGCAAUCCAGAGUUUCAGAAACUGAGUGAGAAGGGUAAAGAGCUACAAUCUUUAAAUAUGUACACAAAUCGAUUGUCUCGGGGAGGUUACUACAAGUUAGAGCAAGAUCUCAUAAAGAAAAAACAACAAGAACAAGAACUUGCUGCUAUGUCUGAUCCAUCUUUUGUGUGCAUGCCUAUCACUUUCAUUCCGAGACAUAUAUUAUGGACUGGAGGUCGAGUUGGUAAAGAUGGAAAGUUUACCACAGAAGAAAGUAGAAGCGUUGCAGAAAAAAUUGUUGUUCUUGAACAACAAGCAUCCAUGGGGGAAUUCACUGAGUCUGGGAGGGAUGAUAUUUUGAGUGCAGCAUUAGAGAAAAGGGAACAUCCUGGUCGUGUUAGGGGUGUGGGAAGGGGAGUUACAAUAACUAAAUACUUUGGGCCAAAGUCAAGAUCUGAUGAGAAAUAUGUGUCAGAAGAGAGUGUUCAACAGAUAGUUAAAAGAGAGGUUGCGGAAGCAAAGUACAGAGUUAGUAAAGCAUUUGAGGCAAAAAUGGAAGCAAUGAUGCAAACUAUGAUGUCAAGGAACACAAGUCCUAUGUCCAUUCAUUCAGAUCGGACCGUAGGAAUUAAUACAGGUCCUCCAAAAAGUGGAAAAGCUAGUUGUUCAGACCCGUUUGAAGAGUUGCCUUUGACAGGAGAAAAAUGUAUAUGCUACCUGAAUGAUCCUACUAAACGUGUUGUGGCAUACGGGAAAGUCUUUAGGCCUGGUGGAAUGCUCCACAAUAUACCACUAUCUCAUGAUAAUGUGCGUGUUGUUGUUGAAAAAAUCGUUGUUCCUGGUGCACAUGUACCUUACCCGAAUGAUGAGGUUCAAACAGUAGAUGAUGCUCUUUCUCAAUUUAUUGCUUGGCCAAGGCAGUUAGUAGAAUUGGGAACUGAGAUUGAGGUACAACAACGACGAAGAUCAAAAGGAAAAUUGUUGAACCCGUUGUCCCCGGAUCCUAGCUGCCCUUCAUCCGUGGAUGUAAGUGGCAUGUCUAGAGAGUUUCAUAUGGUUAAGACAUUGGCAAUUGGAUUAGCUGCCGAUGAGUUCAUUGAUAUAAAUAUGGAUGUUGACAUUGUUGGUAAACAAUAUGGAUUCCAUAUUUAUCGGGAGGAGAUCGUGCGAUUUCUUAAGAUGGAAACUCUUGAUAUAAGUGCAAUGAUGUUAUUUUGCAUAUAUCUUCAUCAACACUUUGACUUGAAAGCAAGUAACAAGUUUGGUCUCUUAUGCCCAAACAUGGUUCAACAUAAGACAACUUAUGAAGACAAAUGUGAAUACCUUGCUGGCGUUAUUCUGAAAGGAGGUAAACAGUAUUAUCUUGCACCAUAUUAUGAAAGGCACGAGGCGUUUUGGUUUGAUUCAAUUGGUGGUCAACCGUCUAAGGAUAUAAAGCAUAUAGUGGCAGUGUCAUUCAAAGAAGCUGCAGUCAAAGGUAGAACUUCUACAAAUCGGUACAAAACUAUAAAAUGGAUUAUUUGUCCGUGUCCGAUGCAAGUGGGAAAUGUGGAAAGUGGUUAUUACGUGUUAAGAUUCAUGUAUGACAUCAUCUCUUCCAAGACAAAUAAAGACUCCAUGAGCAAGGUGUUUGGUCCUUAUGAUAAAUACACAAAAGGAGAUCUGGAUGUUAUAAGAGGGAUGUGGUGUAAAGCGUUGUGCAAAUGUAGUUUAUGAUGACAGUAUGAGUCGUAUGACACUUGCAUAAUUUGGUGUUUAGGAUGAUACUUUGAGAGUUUA